AGAAACCAAAUAGGAGAUGAUUUUCACGUCCCCCUGUGAGACCCCGCCAUAAUCACAAAUAUCCACUAUCAUCGGAAAACUAGCUUUGGUUAAGUUUAGAUGUUUAAUUGGCUACCUCCUCUAUGUACUACAUGUAGUGAUAUAAUUUUGACCUACACGUACAGUGGCAGAGAGAACAUUAUUUGGAAAAGUUUUCCGCGGUAACGGAAAGGCAGAACUAAACCACUUUUCUGCGGAUUAAUGUCAAUCUUUGAACUUGGCGAUAUGACAGUUUGAACGAUUUGCCUGCAUGAUUAUAUGAUAAUCGAAUGAUUUGGGAUCUCUGCUUAUCUUUGAGUUAAAGGUUCAAACGUCAUUAUCAUGAUUAUUGGUUCUGGAUAAACACUAGUUCUUUGGAUUUCUAAAUCAUACACCAUGGGCUGGAAAAUAUUGCUUAAUUUGAGUUGUUUGUCUCUGAUGAUAUCUCUUUGUUUUGCGUGUGGUGCGUCCAGUACAGGCUCGAAAAAACCGAAUAAACCCUUCCAUGGCAUCCUAACCGAACCUAUGGCAGAUGUUUGGCUUGGAGCCAUAGAAUUCGUCGACUUCACAUGCGGUCUUCCUACAAAACCUGACAAAGCUCCUGAACAACCGACAGCCAAUCCUCUCCGCAACUUACCGUCUAACUACGCCAACCAAAUCGCACAGAGUAUGAAACUACCCACCGGCAAGGUCAACCCCUACAAGUUCGACCACUCCUUCGUUUACUUCCGGGGCAAGACCUUCGAGUGGGGUGCCAGCGUGGUCUACGACUACGGAGAAGCCACCAUCGGGCGUGACCCUCACGUCUGUCCUGCCAUCUGGAGCUUGCAGAGAGGAAGCAACUGCACCUUGGACCAGGCAGAAAAGAUGGCCAGGGACUUUGGACCGAUUCAUGGAGCGUAUCACCUAUUCACAAACAACUGCCAUCAUUUCGCUGAGUGGUUGAUGAAGAAGCUUAUUGCUGGCGACUGCAUCGUCAAAUAGAAACGUCAACGACUCAUAGCCUCAGCCUAUUGGGGUCUUCAAGCGAGGCAGAGAAUAACGUUUGUCUAUAUCAAAAAAGUUCUGCUUAGCCUAAUUUUUUAAACCUGUAGCUUUCGGUUAUAUAACAUGCCCCGAAUGUAUAUAGCUGACUUCUAGGUGGUUAAUACGACUAUAGAGUGACAUUUAUAUUUCAGUUUACAUUGAAGAUCAGGCUAAGCAGAAGAUCUUCUGAUGUAGAAUAGCGAACUUUAACUCCUGGACCCACCUCAUAUUUACUUGCGACCCGUCUUCCAAAGUCUUGAUAUUGAGAAUAUUAGAAUUUUGUAAGCAUGAAAAGGAGUUCACUGAUUGAUCAAUACAAUGCAUUUAUUAUUUAAUUUUUCUUGUUAUAAUUUAUAUAACAUUUCGAAUGAACAUUCGAGAAGCUGAUAAUGAUUGUUCCGGGUGACAGGGACAUCUCAACUGUUUAUAAGACAAAGCCUUGCUGAUGCUAAACCAAUCUUCACCAUGGGUAUGUUCUACAUUCCCGAGUUUAGUUGUACGCUCGCCUUGUAAUCAGAGGGUCGUGUGUUCGAAUCCCACCAUGGCCUAGCGUCCUUUGGCAACAAGGCGUCAAUCCACAAUUUGCCAAUCUCCACUCAGGUGUUAAAUUGGUACCCGGUAGGAUGCGGAAGCCUAUGUAGUAUGCCUAACAAUUGAGUCUUGGAACCCUUGUUGGAAUGCUCCCCAGGGAGUGGAAAAGGUGCAUACAUUGUAAGCGGGCAUGCAAGGAUCCGAUGACCGGGGUAAUAAUCAUCUAUAAAGCUCUCAGAGACGUCGUUCCGAUGUGUUAAGCGCUAUAUAAAUGCGGAAUAUUAUUAAUACUAUUACAUGUUUAAACGCAACUCUUUCUGCAACGGGCAAGUCAAGUCAAGUCAAAAAAUCAAUCGCAAGUCAAAAAUGCGCGCUGUUCAUUGGUUGAAAAUCAAGUUGCGCGUGAUUUUUAGAGUUGCGUUUGAUUUCAACUCUUUCUGCAACGGGUCCCAGAACAGACACAUACGGAUAUUUAUCUUGUCAAUGUUUAAAUUCACAAGACUGCAGCAGUUGAACAGAUGAUCUAGAUGUAUCUUCUCGUGUAUUUGUAUGUGCGUUCUUAUAAUGAUAAAUUUGAAAAUUGCAAUAAACAAACUAGUUCGUUUACAUAACUUUAA